AUGAGUACGAUACAGAACAUCAAGAAUUUCAUUCGACACGGCAAACAAGCACGCCUAGUGACUCCCCACGCCGAACCCACUACUGACGUCUCAACGAUUCACGCGGAGCAGCAACCGCAGCCUGUAGGCCAAUUCUCUCCCGCCCUCGAAGCCUUUGAUACCGGCGAUCGGCAUGGCCAGGCUGCCGCCCCGAAGACAGAGCACUCCCGGCGCGAUCAGUCCGUCGAAAUUGAACGCUUGGUGGCUGAAGAGAAAAUGAAUCGGUCCAAGAUGCCCAAAUAUCCCGGUUUGGAACGCUGGAUCCUGGUGGAGAAGAUGGGCGACGGCGCCUUCAGCAAUGUCUAUCGCGCCAAGGAUUCGACAGGGCAGCUCAACGAAGUGGCCAUCAAGGUGGUGCGCAAGUUCGAGAUGAACAGUAAUCAGUCCGACCCUCUUCAUCCUACCGUCAAGAAGGUCCCACAGGCUGCGGAGCGAGCGAAUAUCCUCAAGGAAGUUCAGAUUAUGCGCAACCUAGAUCACCCCAACAUCACCAAACUGAUCGACUUCUCCGAGUCCCGACAAUACUACUAUAUCGUUCUCGAACUUUGUCCAGGAGGCGAGCUCUUCCAUCAGAUCGUCCGAUUGACCUACUUUAGCGAGGAUCUCAGUCGACAUGUGAUUACCCAGGUCGCAGAUGCCAUUGAAUAUCUUCACGAGACAUCAGGUGUCGUGCAUCGUGACAUCAAACCCGAAAACAUCCUUUUCUAUCCCACUCCCUUUGUUCCGAGUAAAAACCCGCAGCCCAAGCAGCCAGGCGAUGAGGACAAGGAAGACGAAGGAGAGUUUAUUCCAGGAGUUGGCUCGGGUGGUAUCGGAAGAAUUAAGAUCGCCGACUUUGGUCUCUCCAAGGUCAUUUGGGACAGCCAGACCAUGACGCCUUGCGGAACCGUUGGUUACACGGCACCUGAAAUUGUCAAGGAUGAGCGGUAUUCAAAGAGUGUUGAUAUGUGGGCUAUGGGUUGUGUUCUGUACACGCUGCUGUGUGGUUUCCCUCCAUUCUACGACGAGAGCAUCCAGGUCCUCACCGAGAAGGUCGCACGCGGCCAGUACACUUUCCUGUCCCCGUGGUGGGAUGACAUUUCCAAGUCCGCCCAGGACCUGAUCUCACACUUGCUUACCGUCGAUCCCGAGAAGCGAUACACCAUUAAGGAGUUCCUUGCGCACCCUUGGAUCCGCGAAACCAACGAAGAGACAACCGCCGCUGCCGACGCACCCCCGUUGGCAACGCCCUUCGGCCAGGUUCGCCAGAAGAACCCUCUUGACGUUGAAGCCAGCGGCGCAGAGUCAACCCCGUACCAACCCCACAGCACCCGGGCCUCACUGGAAAUUCCAUCCUCCACCACCGAGCAGCGCCGCAUGGACUUCCGCUCACCAGGCGCCUUCAACCUACGCGAAGUGUUCGACGUCGGCUACGCCGUCCACCGCCAAGAAGAGGAAGGUAAACGCCGACGAGAUGUGGGCGCCCGCAGCAACAACCCAACUGCCGGCUUCCAAAACGCCCUGGGUGCUUUGAACGAGGUCUACGACGACGAACCCGACUACCGUGCCCAAGCCGCCGGCCAACCACCCCAGAAGGUCGCCAAGUCCGCAACCCAGCAAUCUGGCGAUAUGGCCGGCAUCGACGCUAAGCUCCGCUCCACAAACCUCGGCCAAAGCAGCGCCGCACAAGCCCGGCAAGUAGGUCGCCAACCCCGACAGCCGCAGGGCUAUGGCCAGCACGAUGCGAAGGUUGCCGCUGCAGCGAAGAGCAGCAUUGGCAGAGUGCAACAGCCCUUCGAACUCACCUUAGACGGCGCGACAUUGCUUGAGAAGCGUGGCCGCCGUAACCAACCAGUCGCCUAG